AGGCUGUGAGUUGAAAGUAUUCAAGCAUUCAGUCGAUUAUUAUAUUAGCUAAUUGUGAUAUUUUAAAUCCAAAAAUAAGUAGUAGUAAAACUGCCUCAAAAUGAUGCCUGGCAUGAGACCGUUUCUCUUCUUUUUCUAUAUGCUGGAAACCAUAAUGAAUAUCAUUCUGAUGGGCUAUCAUGUGCAAGGAUUUCUUGCCAUUCCCGCGGUAUUCGAAGGCUUCAUUUUAGUGGAGAAGUACCUGUACUUAAUAAUGUUCUAUGUGCUAACAGUUCUUACACUAUUCGCCAGUAUUAAUGUGUGUUCUGGUAACACUCCAUACAUUUGGAACGAGAUCAAUCGUUGUGCUGUGGGUGCCAUUGGCUACAUAAUCAUAUCAAUAAUGACAAUGCGUGAUGCUGAAAAUGAACUCUGGGUUGUUCUUGAUAACGAGGCCGAGAAACCGACGCAUCCGUUUUAUAUGUUUAUGCGAGGACAGUCGAUUUGUGCCCUUCUCUGUGGCAUUAUAUACUUGCUGCAUUUUACCAUAGUCUUGGAUUUUUUAUUGAGCAAGUCGGAUGAGGACCAGAUUAUAACUGAUUACGAUUUGGAUAAAGAUGAUGUGGAAGAUGAUGCGGCCUCAAAUGAUUUAAUAAUGCCAGUUAAAUUGUAUGUUUUGGGUGAAUGGUUCGAGAGGCGUUUAGCUAAAUAUGAAUGGUUUGAGGAUUUCGUUGAUAGACGUCGGUUAUCGAUAUAAGUUGUUGCUGUUUCUCUCAGUAUGUGUGUGUGUGUG